AGGGGGCUGCGGAGGCCGGGGCCGGCUGGUGUUGCACACGAAGCUGAUCAGAGAAGAACCUAGCAGGGCAAAGCUUGCAGCUUGAGCCACCCUUUGUCUGGGUUGGGGCCCGUGGCAGGGAGGACCGGGGGAUCCGAGGGGAGGGACCGGGACGGGACGGAAGGGCCGGAGCAGCAGCCAGCGCAGCGGAGCCAAUUUGGGAACGGGGUAGCCUAACUCUACCAUCUGGGCCCUGGAUCUGAAGCCUGCGCCUUUGGUUUCUGAAGAGCUGGUCACAUGGGAGGAGGAUGUCCCUAAGGUCCGGCUGAGCCCAGGAGCUGCACGUAAUGGUGGCAGUCACCUUGCCAGUGCAGUGGGCAUGGAGCAGACUGAAAGUUAGGGGAACAAAGCAUCAGACAGGAAGAGGGGACGCACGGCUAGGCUUGAGGCCUCUUCUUCGGGAUGUCCCCAGACUCCCCAGCCCAGGCCCAGCAUAAAGGCCGUGUGGGGGGGCCCCCCUGAUCUAAGGGGUGGCUUCAUGCGCCACGUGCAGGCGGAGCUGUCUCCAUCCUCAGAGCCAGAGGCUGGCCCUUCACAGCCUCCAGUCAGACAGGGGGCCCUCCAGGGUGGCCUGCUCAUGGGCUACAGCCCAGCAGGGGGGGUGACAUCCCCCGGGGUCUACCAGGUAUCCAUCUUUUCCCCUUUGGCUGGUGCCUCUGAGCCUCCCAGGGCUCUGAAGCGGCCGGCUUCUCCCACUGAGGGUCCCCGGGAGCUGAAGAGAGGCCCUGGGCAAGGGGCCAGAAAGGGACUGCCCCCUGAAGAACUAUCUACUGUGGGACUGUUGGGGCCAGAGGGAUUGGGGCUGGGACUGGGUGUGGCCAGCCAGCAUUUCUCCCAUCAUGGCCUCUGUGUUGUGGAACAGAGAGGUAGUGCCACCCCACCUUGGACUUCAGGGGCGCAAAGCCCCCCGUGGCCCCCAUCAAAUGCUUCCUGCAAUACUUUGCACACCAGAGACUGGGUUUUCUCAGAUCAAGGGGGACAAGGGUCCGUGGGGGAGUCUCCAGGGCCAUCCCCAUCAGGCCAGCUGCACACACUUGACACUGAUUUGCACAAUCUUGCACACAUAGGGGGUAAGAGCCCAGUGGCUAGGGUGGGCAAUGGGGGCAGCCCCUGGCCUAGGGAGUCCCCUGGCACUGCCAAUGGGCACAGUCCCGAGCACACACCCCCUGGCCCUGGACCUCCAGGCCCCUGCCCCACCAAGCGAAGGCUGCUGCCUGCUGGAGAAGCCCCGGAUGACAGAGUUGAGGAUGAGGGGCCAGCCCCUCGGAGGCGCCGGGGAACCCUGGGUCACCCUCUUGCUGCCAACAGUUCUGAUGCCAAAGCCACUCCCUUCUGGAGCCACCUGCUGCCCAGGCCCAAGGAGCCUAUUUUGGACCCAACAGACUGCAGUCCUGUGGGGCGGAGGCUGAAAGGUGCCCGUCGCCUGAAGCUAAGCUCCCUUCGAAGCCUCCAGAGGGGGCCAGGCCUGCUGAGCCCCUCCAGUGCCUCCCCCGUUCCUACCCUUGCUGUCAGCCGUACCCUGCUGGGCAACUUUGAGGAAUCGUUGCUGCGAGGACGCUUCGCACCAUCUGGCCACAUCGAGGGCUUCACUGCAGAGAUUGGAGCCAGUGGGUCUUACUGCCCUCAGCAUGUCACGCUGCCUGUCACUGUCACCUUCUUUGAUGUUUCUGAGCAGAAUGCCCCGGCCCCCUUCUUGGGUGUCGUGGACCUGAAUCCCCUGGGGAGGAAGGGUUACAGUGUGCCCAAGGUGGGCACCAUCCAAGUGACCUUAUUUAACCCCAACCAGACUGUGGUGAAGAUGUUCCUCGUGACCUUUGACUUCUCUGACAUGCCCGCUGCCCACGUGACCUUCCUGCGCCAUCGCCUCUUUUUGGUGCCUGUGGGUGAGGAGGGAAAUGCUAGCCCCACCCACCGCCUCCUCUGCUACUUGCUGCACCUCAGGUUCCGGAGCUCCCGCUCAGGCCGCUUAAGCCUGCAUGGAGAUAUUCGCCUGCUUUUUUCCCGCCGGAGCCUGGAACUGGACACAGGGCUCCCCUAUGAACUGCAGGCUGUGACUGAGGUCCCCCAUAAUCCACGCUAUUCACCUUUGCCCUGAUUGCCAGCACUCUGAACCUAGGUGGGCCAAAAGCCCACUCUUCCUGCUCCAUCUUGGACAGGGUACACACGUGGAGAAAUGGCAAGAGCCCCUUCCGGCUUGAAUUAAAAUCCUCGCCGUGCUCCUACCCAAAUUGAUUAUUUGGGUGUUUAAAGCUUCUGAUCCUUCCACACCCUGUCCUUCUCUGGGUACUCCAUGUGCCUGUCCCCUCCCUUGGGUUUCCCAGGCCAGUUUAGGUAGUAGGGACAAACCAGAGCUGCCCUGAGAUUAUCCCAAGUUCCCAGGCAAGUUAUGCCAGCGUUGCCUCCCUGUCCUGGGCAGGGGCUACUUAUUAUUUUAUUUAUUUUUAAUUUAUAAUUUAUUCAAAUUGGAUUGCCUUGUUGACCUCCCAAACCUGAUAAUUGGCAUCACCCCACUCUCAGAUAUUGCUGCAACCUCAGGAGUUGAGGUUGCUGUAGGGGCAAGGGAGAGCUGCUCUCCCUCAACUGAGGGCAAAGGGUUUAUUCCAGAGGGACUGAGUCACUAGCCAAAGACUCAGCUUUCCCCGUCUUUCCCUAUUCCCGUUACUUACCCUAUCCUCUGACCCACUUUUGAAAGCCAAUUUAUACGUGUGUGUGCACGCACAAACAUGUUUGUGUGGUAUGUGUGUGAGAGAAAUGUGCAUGUAUGCACACACACACACACACACACACACAGGGCUUAAUCGCCCCUCACUUAGGGCUUCAAGACUUAGUUGUCACUCUCCUCCUGCCUGUGUCUCCUUCCUUUGGGGUCCUGACUGAGGAAGGUGUCUAGGGACAGAGUCAGGGCGUAAGGACUGGGGUGCCUCCUCUCACCUGGCCAGACUCUGACCCACCUACCUCAGCUGGGGUGAGGGGCACCCCUCAAACUCAGUCAUGUGGUUCCCAGUUAUCCCAUUCCCCACUCCAGACUCUGACCUAGCCUUAGCCCUUCAUUCUUGGGGCUUGGCUGAGGGGAACAAGCAUUUGCUAAAACUUGAAAAAACAAAAACAGGAAAAAUUGUACCUGGUACAUUUUUUUUUUAGAAAAAAAUAAAAAGGAAGAAUAAAUUCUUGUUUGGAAACUUGAA